GCAUUAAUUGGUUAUCUUAAACAUCUUCUGAAGUCAUGCAUUUAAUCACUUUUGUGGCUGUCAUUUUAAGCUAACUGCUUGUGUGGCCUAUUGUCAAUUAACUUAAAGAAUCCCUAAUUUACCUCUUGACAUUUCUCCAAGAUUUUGCAGUGACGUGCAUGAAAUGGGGGUUCAGAGUUUUCUGACACAUUGGAGCUUGUCAUCCAAGUUAUUAGUUUCCUUGUGACAUUCAAGUGUAUUAAACUGCUUGAACAAGUGCUCAAUUCCUUGUGUGCCUUAAGGCAUUAAAGCACAAGACCACUUCAUUUUUUCAUAAUCAAGCAUUGAAGGGUCACUUUUCAACUUCUCUCCCUAGGUAUUCCCAGACUUCCUGAGCUACACAAACCAUCUCUAUUAUAAGCCUGCCAGCGUUGGCAUCAUCACCAGGGUUAAUAUGGCUGAUAUUCUUGAAUGCCAAUACCCGAGAAGGUGUAAUGUCAGCAGCAGCCCCAUAAAACCAGCCUGGGUGCCCUUCACUUCAACAGCCUCUACAGAGCAAAUCCUGGACUUCUCCUUGCUGCUCAUGAAUGAUAACUGGAGUGGUCCCAGAGUCUCCAAUGUUAUCUACCUGGGUGACAUUCUACCUGUCGAGGCUUCUGUUGCCGUCGACAACCACGUGCCGCUACGGCUCUACGUCGACAGCUGCAUCGCGACCCUGAGCAACAACAAGGACUCUGAGCCCAGAUAUGCUAUCGUGGACAGGCUUGGCUGCCUGAUGGAUAGCAAGUCUCCAGACUCCUCCUCUUCAUUCACUAGACCUGCUCUGAACAAGUUGCGCUUUGACAUCGCUGCUUUCAAGUUCCAGGGGAAUUCCAGGAGCAUGAUCUACAUGACUUGCACACUGAGAGCAGUCAAUGCUGACAAACCAGCUGAUGCCUCCAACAAGGCCUGCUCCUACCAGAAGCAAUCCUACAGGUGGGUCUCUGAGGACGGCUCCUCUGCAGUGUGUGGGUGCUGUGACGCUGGCUCCUGCUCUGGGACACCCCGGCUUCUCGCAGGCCCUCUUCCUCCUGCUGAGAUCAACCAGCCCAACUGGAGUGGAAAAUGGCUGCAGAAGAGAGCUGCUCCUCUUGAUCUAGUACUGUCUGAACCCCCAGCCUGGGCGAGGCUUUUUCAGAGGACUGGAACUCUAACCAAGCCGUGUAAAUACUGCAACGCUUUUACUUGCUGGCCAGGACCCCCGAGUGCAUGUAAAGGAGAUCACCAUCGGCCCCCUGACCGUGGUUCAUGUAGUCAGAGACCAUGCUGUCGUGCUCAGUAAGGAGUCCCUGUACCACCCCCUGCAGCUUGUGGAAGAAGUGCAGGGACUGAUUAGCAAGGCGAGAUGCUGAAUGUUAGUUUACAAACUGGAGGAAGCCAUUUAGCCCAUCUUGGUUGUUUAGUAGCUUCUUGAAGGAUCCCAGGGUGUCAGCAUCAAGAUUACUGGGGAGUUGGUUCCAGACCCUGGGUUGACAUUAUCAAUACCUUUUUAUAAUGGAAUGCUUGAAUUACCACGUAGUCUUUGUGCAAGACUAAAUAUUCAAUUCUUUUAGCAUGUCUGCAUAUGACAUGCAUUUUAAACUCAGGAUAAUUCUGGUCUUUCUUAAAGCAGCAAUAUCCUUUUUGUAAUGAGGUGACCAAAAUUUCACACUAUUCUAAAUGAGGUCUUAAGAAUGCAUUGUAACAUUUUAACAUUACUUACCAUUGAUUUAAAUUCAACAUUUUCCACACAAUAUCUGAGCACCUUGGAGUGUUUUUUAUUUAUUUUUAAAUAUAAAUGGC